GAUUUGGCCGUACUAAUGAAGCAGGGCAUGCGACUCCGAACGGCACUCCUGAUGAAUAUGAUGUGCGCUUGUUCGGCAUUCAUCGGCUUGUGGAUCGGGAUCCCGCUCGGACAGACCGAGACGGCUCGGGAAUGGAUUUUCGCUUCUGUCGCUGGCAUGUUUCUCUACGUUGGACUCGUCGACAUGCUUCCGAUGCUACACCAAUACGACGGAAAAAGCAACAAGGUCACCGUGGCUAUUCUGCAGAAUAUUGGAUUCUUGGCGGGAAUUGGGAUUAUUCUGUUAAUAGCACUGUAUGAGGACGCUAUUGAAUUAUCUUUAUAGGGGAACGUGAGCCGUGAGGGGGUGGGAGUGAGGAAGGGAGAGUCAGAGUGGAGGGGUCAAGCUCGCUAUCAAUAAAGACCGCUAUUCGUAAGGACUGCUAUUCAUAAGGACCGCUAUCCAUAACGCGGGACUGAAUAAAUAGCAGUCUUUUAUAAAUAGCGGUCCUUAUAAAUAGCGAGCUGACCGCGGGUUGAGAGAUACAUAUAGGACGGAUAACAUAAUGUGUUGGUGUGUGUGUGAGAGAGAGAGAG